ACGCGGACGAAUGGAGCCUGCACCCCGACAGGUACGUUUGGUGCGUUGGUUUCCAUUCUGCGUCCACCUGUGGCCUCCCCCACCUCUCUGAUAUGGACUGACGACGCCCGCACCCAGACAGCAGCCUUGAGAGCAAUGACUGCUGCUAGACAUCCUGUGUUUUCAGCAUCGUCACGUUACGAGACACGGUCCGUGAUGACGCAGACAACAGGCUUCGGCAGAAACGCAGGUACACAAGCAUGUAUACCAUCGAGGAACAAGAAAGUGCAGACGGAGCUUUCUGGAAUUAUGCCGCAGACCUCUUCCUCGUCAAACUGUGGUGAUCCAGAACAGAGUUCUGAUUCAGAAGACCUGGGUGUAUCAGGGAAGCAGCCACUGGAAAGAGAUGACCCUACGUAUUGUCCACCAGAGGACAGCUCUGUUAGGCUUGAGAGGGAAACACCAUCUUUGGUAAAGGAGAGGAAAUUCAUUGUAUUCGAGUCUUGCCUUGACCUUCUCCUGGGGAAGUGCCAAGUAUGUGCUGCUCCCCUGAUCCACGUGGACAAGAGUGUCGUUGGCUGCAGCCUGCAAGUCUACUCAAUUUGUCGGAGUGGACACGUGAAUGACUGGUGCAGUCAGCCCAUCAUCAAGCGGAAGCCGGUGGGGAGUAUCCUAAUGGCUGCGGCAAUCCUGUUCAGUGGCAGCUGCGUAAAGAAGACACUCAGAACACUCACCAGCAUGGGGAUUGUCUGUUUCUCCUAUGGCACCUUCUUCAACAUCCAGAAGGCCUUUCUCCUGCCCUCAAUCGAAAAGGUCUGGAACAAGCAUCAGAACGAGUUGUUCGCAGCUGCUGCAGGCACGCACCUCACCAUCGCCGCUGACGGGAGAGCAGACUCACCUGGCCACUCGGCCAAGUAUGGCUCCUACACGAUGCUUGAUGCCGAUGACAACAAGGUCAUUCACGUUGAAACCGUCCAGGUAAAUAUCUGCUGA